AUGAAACAAAUGCAAAAAGUUAAAAUCAUCUCCAAAAGAUUCAACUCAGUGAUGAACUAAAGGGAAUUACUCGUCAGAUUGAAACACCCUUCUGGUAACAUGGUCAGCUCCUUCCAAGAUCGCGAGUAUCUUUACCUGGUGAUGGACUAUUGCAAUCGAGGAGACAUGCGAUACCACUUGGGCAACCACCGUGUCUUCAGUGAAGCCUAAUCUCGGUUUUUCAUCGCGUGUAUUGUCGUCUGCUUGGAGUAUAUGCACUCCAGAAGGAUCAUCCACCGCGAUCUGAAGCCCGAGAACCUUGUCUUCGAUGAGAAGGGAUAUGUGCGGGUCACUGACCUUGGAGUCUCCAGAGAGGUAAAAGCUAAUAAUGCUGACGAUACCAGCGGAACGCCAGGUUAUAUGGCCCCUUAGGUCAUUUGCAAGAUGAACCAUUCAUACGGCGUGGACUUUUUUGCCCUUGGAGUCAUGGCUUUUGAGUUUAUGACUGGCAAGCGACCCUAUUUGGGAGCCAACCGUAAAGAGAUCAGAGAGAAAAUACUUGCAAAGCAGGUGCAACUUGAUGAAUCUCCGUACGGAUGGAGCAAAGAGAGCGUGGACUUCAUCAACCGUCUGAUCCAAAGGAAGGCAUAGAAUCGUUUAGGUUUCAACGGCAUCGAAUAGGUGAAAUAUCAUCCAUUCCUUGCGAAGAUAGACUGGACUCUCCUAUAG